CACUAGGCGGCGCAUGAUAAGGUUACCACCAUCCAAGCUAACUCUUCGGAUGAGGUUCAUGCAAACCGCUGCCAACUGCCAUCUGCCAUCUGCCAUCUCAACAUCUGAUUGCCUCCAUCAACUAGUCAACUCUACCUCUCCCCACCGAGAACACCUAUUCGGAGAGUCUCAGGAAACAUUGACAACUGCCAAAGCCGGAUUUGUUUGUUUGCCCCUCUCGUUAGGGAAUUCCGCGUCCUCAGAUCAUAGAUAUGGCUCUAUAGAUCGAUCAUUAUCAUCACCAAAGUCAAAAGAUCGAAAGAUCGGCCACUACCAGCGGUCUCUGUGACGCGGGGGAAAUGAAAAAGGGGCAGCAUGUUUGCCACGAUUCCUGUUGGUACGUUCCUCCGUUCUCCUGUUCCCCUCCGCACUGCUGCUCCGCAUGGUCCCUUUUCUACGUCGUCUCACACAACACCAACCCAACCAAUCCGGAAGUUCGAGUGACAAGGCAAGGCACAGGCACAGGCCUCGACAUAGAGCCAAAGCCUCAAACCGUUGGUGAUCUACCGCAGAGACUAGUCCCCUUACCUCCUCCUUCUCAUGUUGGGGUGAUUGUGUCUGCACACUAUACUUCUCAAGGCAUGGUCUCCCAGACUUAUGCCAUGCGAUCAACGCGUGCAUCAGACAGCUGUAAAGCUUGUCACCAUUUUGGGGAACUUCCCAGCCCAAAAAUGUCGCCAUUUUGUCCAUUUGGAUCUGCGUGAACAGCUUCGGCUGAAACGGUUUUCUCUUCUCUCUUGUGUCUUUCGAGUCUUGGUCUCCAUUGGCAUCGUUGUCGAUUCACGGUACAAAACUCACAUCUGGUACAGGAGCACCGUAUUACCCAGACGGUGCUAAACCGCGGAAGCUACCACCUCAGACGCCAGUCAGAUUUCCCCAAUGUACGCCACAAUCUAAUGGGAAGGCUGCUUCAUCUUCAGAUGAUUCACUAGUCAGUUUGCUUCAAUCUAUACACAGACCAGCAGAUAUAAGACUGUCACAUCUGGAAGCACUCGGUCUGCACGUGAUAACAGAUGCCCAACCGCAAGACCUCAUCCCAGAAUCCAAUUAUUUGCCACCAGUUGAAGCAUGGAACGCCAUCCAAGCAGAUGAUCUACUAAGAGCCAAUGACGCAACCAAAAGACCCUUGAGUAAUGGGAAUCUAUCGCCGGGUGCUCAGAUGUACCGAGAACGACGAGACGAACUGCUGCUCGACAAUACCGCGGCUUUUCGAAGCAUUCGCCGGAUCCCUCCUCCAACUGGAGAAUCUUCAGUCAGGUUAGGAAACGCAUAUGAGUUCUUCAAAAAUUUAGAUUUCUUUUCGACGUAUUGGGAUGAUACAUCCUUACCCCCCAAAGAGGUUCCCUCCGCCGAAGAUUCGUCCCAAGGAACAGACGAGCCUCACGACAAACCAGGAGUACCAUCCCACAAUGCAACGCACCAACGCAUUGGCACGGGCUCCCAACUUCCUCCCGAAUAUCGGCAAAAUCUCAUGACAUCCUUUGUCAAACUCGUCGCUUAUGAUUUCGGUUGCAAUGUCUCUAUUGCCCGAAGCGAGCCCAGACUCCACCUAACACCACCAUCUACAACCUCCUCGCCACCAUCUCAUUUCAACUCAUCUGCCCACUUCAUCUACCGCACUCCCACGGAACGAUCUGCCGCACGAGGAGGAAUUGUAGAAGGCCCUGUAGCAACGAUCUCCUGCCGCACCAGCACCAUCUUCGCCACCGAGGCUGAUUCCCUCCUUGACCUCUCCCGAGAAGUCGUAGCCGUGAUAAUCACAGCCCAACACCGAGCGCGCGAAGGCAAAACCGAAAAGCGCUUCGGACAAGACCAAUGGUGGACUACUGUACCCCGCUGGGGCGGUGGCCCAGGCGGUCCCAUCGGUCGAGAAGCAGAUAAAGCCGAUGAGACCGCUUCAGCAUCCACUCUUCCAGCACCCAUCACACAGGUCGAAGAGAAAAUCUCGCCUGUAACCUCGGAAACUAGACGGAUAUUUGGCAUCAAUCCUACACCUACCAAACGAAGUAAGCGAGGGAAGGAAAAUCUGCAGAUCUAUGAUAAUUACCGUAAGUUGCUUCCGCCGGCUCCAACAUGGGAUCGUCGAACUAGGUACAUGCCAAUUGGCAAACCGGUCCCUGGGAAAGGGUAUGAUGAUAUCUUCCUGAUCUCGGCCUUGAAUCAUCAUGUUUCUAUUGUGAGAGUGAGGGUUCCGGAUGUUUUACUGGGGGUACUUGAGGGUGGUAGUGGCCAGUGGAGAAAGGUUGUUAUGUGGAGGAGUAAGUGGUUUGAUUUGUUCUUGAGCGACGACAGGGUGGAGGCUAUGCAGAUUGUUUGGGGGAUGAUGGCUUGGUUGAUGAGGAGGGUUGAUGGGCCAUUGCCUGUGAAGGGACAGGGUGAGAAAAUGGAUACGACUUGAGGUUGAGUGGUCAGUGGAUAUAGGGGGAUAUGUAGAUACGUCGGUAGCAUAUUCACGGCCUUAAAAUGGUCGAUUUGAAUCGAAAUUAUGGAUUUGAAGAAUUCAAA